UGAAGAGCAGACCGAAGCAGCGCUAGCCUUAUGCGGGAAUAUUUAGUCACAUUUGUUUUUUGAAUCUAACUUGGGUGCGUUUAUGUUGCCCUCAGUCGCUGUCCUGUCAUGAAACAUAGCCGGACUUGAAGUAAGCAGCUGUUGCCUUGUUAGCUCACAAUCGAGGCAAACAGAAGAGCCGAAUGUUGAAGUUGGUAACUCAUCAUCCCAUCAUAAUUUGACCGAGGAUGCAGUGAGCCGUCCAAAUGCUCAAAGUGAUCCGCUGUCCCAUGCCCAGGUCUCUCAUCUCCAAAAAAGGGAUAUGGCCACGCUCCUUCUGCUCCACAAAGCCUCACCCAGUUCAGGGAGAGGACACUGGAGAGACCCGUCUGAACCCCCUUAACAUCCAGAUGCUGUCAAGAAAUCUCCAUGAGCAGAUCUUUCGAGGGCUGGUGCCCGAGUACAGAGAAGAAGAUGUGGAACGCAGUGUAAGGCACUUGCAGAAGCAUCAGCUGUGGGGGAAAGAGACAGCACUGUUACAAGAAGUGGAGCUGAAGCUUCCCAAAAUGUAUGGGGACAAUAUUGACGAGCACUUCCGUGUUUUGGCUCAGAAGCAAAGUCUUCCCUACCUGGAAGCUGCGGCCGAGCUGCAGCAAGCGGAUCUUCCUCCCUUGCCCCAGGAGUGGACAUGGCAGGUUGGCUGGACACGUUAUGGGUCCAACGGGGAGAGCCACAGGGUUGACUUCCCGGAUGAAACAGCACUUGUGUUUGAUGUAGAGGUGUGCAUGGCAGAGGGCCACUGUCCAACAUUGGCUGUUGCUUUGUCUCCAACACACUGGUACUCUUGGUGCAGCAAACGUCUGAUUGAAGAGCGCUACUCCUGGUCAGACCAGCUCAUCCUCGCUGACCUCAUCCCACUGGAGACACCAAUGAACUCUGUCCGUCCACCAGGCGGUCAGUGGAAGGAACGCCUCAUUGUGGGCCACAAUGUCAGUUUUGACCGAUCUCACAUUAAGGAGCAAUACUUAAUGAAGGCGUCUAAGGUGCGCUUCCUGGACACGAUGAGUCUUCACAUGGCUAUCUCGGGCCUUACUGGCUUCCAGCGCACACUAUGGAUGGCCAAUAAGCAGGGCAAGAAGGUGUGCCUCCAGGAGGUCAGCCAGCGCAUGAAGAAAGUGGGACAGAAAAGAGACAGUCCCAAGAUUGGAUUUUGGGACUGGGUGAAUAUUAGCAGCAUCAACAACUUAGCCGAUGUCCAUGCUCUAUAUGUGGGAGGGCCGCCAUUACAAAAAGAGAUCAGGGAGACCUUUAUCAAUGGCUCCAUGAUGGAUGUCAGGAAGCACUUCCAGGAGUUAAUGCGCUACUGCGCCUCAGAUGUUCAGGCCACCCAUCAAAUUUUUGUUGAACAACUGCCCCUCUUCAUGGAGAGAUGUCCUCAUCCAGUGACAUUUGCCGGAAUGCUGGAGAUGGGUGUGAGCUACCUUCCUGUCAAUCAGAACUGGGGGCGAUACCUGGAGGAUUCCCAGGACAUUUAUGAAGAGCUCCAGAGAGAGAUGAAAAAAUCUCUCAUGAUUCUAGCUGAUGAUGCAUGCCAACUUCUGGAGGGUGAGAGAUUCCGAGGUGAUCCUUGGCUUUGGGACCUUGAAUGGGACGUGCAGGAAUUCAAGCUGAAAAAAUUGCCAGCCAACAAAAACAAAUCGUCCCCAAAAGCGGUUGAAUCCCAAACCGUGACUCCUCUUGCAGACUGGAUGGAUGACGCAGGUCCACCAGCUGAAGACGACACUGUAGCGGGCCCUUGUCCCAGCAGGCUAGCUGUGGAUAAAUUGAAGGAAACGGUGAAUCGACUUCCCAAGAGAAAGCAACACCUGCCUGGACAUCCUGGGUGGUAUCGCAAGUUGUGUGAAAAGAUGCUUGCAGACAGUUGGUCGCCAGGAGCGAAUCUCAUUAGUCUUCAGAUGAGGGUGACCCCUAAACUGAUGGGUCUGACGUGGGAUGGAUUUCCCCUGCAUUACACGGAGAAGCAUGGCUGGGGCUAUUUGGUUCCGGGACGCAGGGAUAACCUGGACUCCCCGGAGGGAAACAUCGGGCCAGUCCUUUGCCCUCACAAAGAGAUUGAGCGCGUUUACAGAGAGUAUUGUGAUGAGAACUGCAAGGGGGCGCCUGAGUAUGUGGACUGCGCACCAUCAGAGGACCUUAUGUGGUCAGACAGCGCUGUUUGGGCAAAGGUGGAGGAGUUUGGAACACUGGAGAGACUAACAGAGGAACAUGGAGUCAAAGCAGUAACACAUGGGUUUGUAAAGAAGCCGCAACCUACCCGCAAAUCCCACCCUGUCCCAGAGGAGAGUCAUUGCCAUUAUCACCAAGGAAUCGGCCCCUACAGCGAUGUAGACAUUCCUGGGUGUUGGUUUUUCAAAUUACCACAUAAGGACGGGAAUCAAAAUAACGUUGGCAGUCCUUUUUCAAAAGACUUCCUACCUAAGAUGGAGGAUGGUACUCUCAGAGCGGGAAGAGGUGAAACCAAUGCCACACGUGCCUUAGAGAUUAACAAAAUGAUGUCCUUCUGGAGGAACGCUCAUAAACGCAUAAGCUCCCAGAUGGUGAUAUGGCUACGGAAAGGAGAGCUUCCUCGUUUUGUGAGCAGGCACAAGGAGUUUGAUGAAGAGGGCCAGUAUGGUGCUAUAUUACCUCAGGUGGUCACGGCUGGAACUGUCACGAGAAGGGCUGUGGAGCCAACAUGGCUGACUGCCAGUAAUGCACGUCGGGACAGAGUGGGAAGUGAGCUGAAAGCGAUGGUGCAGGCACCACCAGGUUACCACCUGGUUGGGGCCGACGUGGACUCUCAAGAGUUGUGGAUUGCAGCUGUGCUCGGAGAGGCCCACUUUGCUGGCAUGCAUGGUUGUACGGCGUUUGGCUGGAUGACCCUUCAAGGGAAGAAGAGCCAGGCCACUGACCUGCACAGCCGUACAGCCGACGCCGUGGGGAUCAGCAGGGAGCACGCCAAGGUGUUCAACUAUGGCCGCAUCUACGGCGCAGGACAGCCCUUUGCAGAAAGGCUGCUGAUGCAGUUCAAUCAUCGCCUUAGCCAGACAGACGCUGCCAGUAAGGCCAGGCAGAUGUAUGCUUUAACAAAGGGGUUACGCAGAUAUGAACUAUCAGACGAAGGUGAGUGGCUGGUCACUGAGCUGGGAAUUGAGGUGGAAAGGGAGGAAGAUGGAAGCGUAUCCCUCCAGGAGUUGCGGAAGAUCAGUCGACUGGCCUCACAGAGUUCCCGUCGGAAAAAAUGGGAUUUAGUUGGCAAACGAAUAUGGUUUGGGGGGACAGAGUCGGACAUGUUCAACAAACUGGAGAGCAUUGCGCAUUCAGCCCAGCCGGCGACACCUGUACUGGGCUGCAGGAUUAGCAGAGCUCUGGAGCCCAAAGCAGUCAAGGAUGAGUUCAUCACCAGCAGGGUGAACUGGGUGGUCCAGAGCUCGGCAGUGGAUUACCUUCAUCUGAUGCUCGUGGCGAUGAGGUGGCUCUUCGAGGAGCACGACAUUGACGGCCGCUUCUGCAUCAGCAUCCACGAUGAGGUGCGCUACCUCGUCCGCACCGAAGACCGACACCGAGCAGCGCUCGCAUUGCAGAUCACCAACCUUCUUGCCAGGAGUAUGUUUGCACAUGCAUUAGGCAUGCGGGACCUUCCACAGUCCGUCGCUUUCUUCAGUGCGGUUGACAUCGACACGUGUCUGAGGAAAGAGGUCACAAUGGACUGCGUCACCCCCUCCAACCCCAUGGGUGUGGAACGAAAAUACGGCCUUCCUCCUGGUGAAGCCUUGGACAUCUACCAAAUAAUGGACAUCACCAAAGGCUCCCUCAGUAAAGGAAGACAAAAUCUUAUGGACCAGGCCAAGGACACUCGUAACAUGUGAACCCAAAAUGGAGAAAUGCCUGGAAGCUCAACAACAUGCAAGCAGGAGAUGCGUGUAACCAACGUGAGCAGCUCAAUGUUUCCGUUUUUUCUUCAGUUUGGGUUCUUGAGUCUUUUCCACAGCUUGUGACUCAACCUAAGGAACAGAAACAAAUGCAAAUGCUGAAAUCAGGCCUGGACAGAUUGAUCCUCCUCGAGUGCAGAUGACGCUUACCUCCACAGUGUUGUCCUGCUCCUGCAGGGCCGCGUCUAGAGAAGCAGCAUUGAUACGGAAAUCUCUCGAGGUGCUCAGUUUCAUGUAUUGCAUCAGAUUGACCUGGAUGAAGCAGAUGCCAUUGAAAUGAAUAGUUUACACUUUUUUUCCCCAGACAUUUCAAACAACAGAAAUUCACAUGUACCUUUGACUUCUUUGAGAGUGUGAUGACGUAUUUCUCAUACUGUUCAAUGCUGAAGAUCAAGUCGGGAAUGGCCUUUGUCUGACGCAGAAGUUUUGCCUGCCCAGAAAGCAAGACGGGUGUAUUCACUUAAAUCUUUCUUUUGAAAUGUACAUUGUACAGUUUAUACUCCCUUUUUUAAAAUUAAAAUAUGAUCAAAUGCACCAUGAUAUCUUGAUGGGAUGGGCAGGCGCACCGUACCAAAUUCUUGGACUCGUCAUGAAGAACACCACGCCGAUCGGGGGGUGGGAGGUGAGGUGCUGAUGCAUAUUUUGCCAAUGACACAUCAUGCUAAUGACUAGUCGGGAAGGGCCUUUAUUUUAAAUAACUAAUUUUUCAACUGGGGGGGUUGGGUGGGCCCCUGGAGAUAAGCAGAAUAGAAAAUUGUAUUGUUGAUUCUGUCUCAAUUACUUUGCAGUCUGGAGAGGACCAGGCUGACAUCGAUCAGCUGUGGGAAGUUGAGUAACUAUUAUCCACUCAGGCCAAAUGUCAGGCACAACUGCAUUCCUAAGGGCAGUGGGGCAUCAUUAUUGUCCUUAAUAGGACACUGAAAGACAAAUUCAUAAUAUGAUUCGGAGUUGUGGGUGCACUCAAGUCAACUUGGAUAAGGUUGAGCUCACUUGACUAGCGUAAGUGAAUGAUUUAGCCCAUUCCUAAAAGCAAAUAAAUAUAAGGAAGGUCCUUACAGUG